AUGGGCAACGCCCCUUGCCAUAACCAAGCCUCAGUAUUCUCCAACUUCAAAUUGGUACAGCUGCCUCCGAACUGUUCUCUAAUGUUACAGCCGGUGGAUCAGGGUGUAUUUGGUCUUUCAAUGUCUUUCAUGAAAGCUGGUUACAGAUCCACAUUGAUUCAACCGGUGAUGCAGCCACUAGGAGAUAAAUGCGGUUUGGUCGAGGACUUUACUCAUUAUGUGUCUGUUGAUGACCGUCUUUUUGAAGAAGAAAUCGCCUGUUUGGAAUUUUAUGACGAAGAAUCAUUAGAUGAAUUCAUUUCGAGUCAAGCUAAACAUCGUAAAGAAGAAGAUAAAUGUGAGACAGUGAAUGUCCCGCAAGUUAUCUCAAUCAGAGAGGCACAGAAGUUAUUGGAUCCAUGGAAGCUGUUUGCUUUGGCUAAUGUUCGGAGUUCGGUAGAUUAUUGGAGUGUACAAUAG